AUGAGCCCCUGGCAGCAGCGGCCGCCCAACGGCAGCGCGGCCGGGCCGGGCCCGCGGGGGAACGGCACGGGCCGGGCGGCGGAGCGCGGCGGCGCCGUGUCCGUGGCCAUCCCGCUGACCAUGAUGCUGACGGGCGUGGCGGGCAAUGCCCUGGCCAUGGUGCUCGUGUCGCGCAGCUACCGCGCCAAGGGCAGCCGCAGGAAGCGCUCGUUCCUGCUGUGCAUCGGCUCCCUGGCGCUCACCGACAUGCUGGGCCAGCUGCUCACCAGCCCCGUCGUCAUCUCCGUGUACCUGUCGGGCCGGCCCUGGGCGGCCAUGGACCCCUCGGGCCGCCUGUGCGACUUCUUCGGCUUCAGCAUGACGCUGUUCGGGCUGUGCCCGCUGCUGAUCGCCAGCGCCAUGGCGGUGGAGCGGGCGCUGGCCAUCCGCGCCCCGCACUGGUACGCGAGCCACAUGAGCCCGCGGGCCGCCCGGCGCGGGCUGGCGGCCAUCUGGGCGGCCGGCGCCGCCUUCGCGCUGCUGCCGCUGGCCGGGCUGGGCCGCUACGCGCUGCAGUGGCCCGGCACCUGGUGCUUCAUCAGCGCGGCCGGCGGCAGCGCCUUCGCCGCCGCCUUCGCCGCGCUGGGGCUGCUGUCGCUGGCGGUCACCGCCGCCGGGAACCUGGCCACCAUCGGGGCGCUGCUGUCCCGCUGCCGCGCCCGGCCCGGCGCGCCGCGGCCCGGCUCCCGCUGGGGCCGCAUCGCCACCGAGACGCUGCUGCAGCUGCUGGGCAUCAUGUGCGUGCUGGCCGCCUGCUGGGCUCCGCUGCUGAUGCUGUCCGUGUUUGACAUGGUUUGCUGGAAGAGUCUGACAACAUCUGUGGAGGGUUUCCAGCACCAGAGUUUUCACAUCCAGGUGCUCUUCGGCUUCUUGGGAGAAAAAUAA